AGUAUGUGUAAAGGACGAGCAUCGAUGCCGACGUGCUGCUUGGAAAGGGUCAAAGAGCUGAAAGCAAGGCUGGGAAACAUUUUGCACAAGUCAGAAUGGAGUCCGUUCAGCUGUAAAAUGGGGAGAAACAAGCCAACGCUGGAGGAAUGCCUGAGGUGGAAAGGAUCAUUUGAACAGCUCCUGUCGAGCAAAUGCGGAUUGUGCGCUUUCACUGCGUUCUUAUUAUCCGAAUUCAGCGAGGAGAACAUUGCCUUCUACUUUGCGUGCGAAGAUUACAGGAGUACCAAAUGUCGCGCCAAACUACCCGCGAAAGCCCAGAAAAUCUACAAUGAAUUCAUCAGCAGCGACGCCCCGCGCGAGGUAACUCAACUACUCCACUCGAGUGUAUUUCUCGGGCACUUUACAACCACCACCACUGGAUAC